AUGGCAGAAAGAAUACUACAAGAUAUAGCUGAACAAAACAAGCGUCUUACAAAAGCGCAAAUCAAUAAAAACACGGAAGAGAAAGCAGAAGCCUACUACAAUCUAGGCAGAGCUUAUUGCUUCCUCGAGGACUUCCACCGAGCAAUAGAGUACCUCAAGCAAUACCUGAGCAUUGCUGAGGAAGUCGGUGAUAGAGCAGGUGCAGGACGUGCCUAUUGCCAGCUCGGCUGCGCUUACAAUUCCCUCGGUGACUCCCAAAGAGCAAUAGAGUACCACAAUCAACACCUCAGGAUUGCCAAGGAAGUUGGUGACAGGGCAGGUGAAGGACGUGCCUAUGGCAAUCUCGGCCUUGCUUAUCACAGCCUUGAAGAAUUCCAACGAGCAAUAGAGUACCACAAUCAACACCUCAGGAUUGCCAAGGAAGUUGAUGACAGGGCAGGUGAGGGACGUGCCUAUGGCAAUCUAGGCCUUGCUUAUCACAGCCUUGAAGAAUUCCAACGAGCAAUAGAGUACCACAAUCAACACCUCCGCAUUGCCAAGGAAGUUGGUGACAGAGUGUGUCAAGGCAAAGCCUAUAGCAAUCUCGGAGCUACUUAUCACAGCCUUAAUGAAUUCCAAAGCGCAAUAGAGUACACCAAUAAAUACCUCAUCAUUGCCAAGGAAGUUGGUGACAGGGUAGAGGAAGGCAACGCCUACGAAAUUCUCGGCCUUGCUUAUCGCAGCCUUAAUGAAUUCCAAAGAGCAAUAGAGUACAACAAUAGAUGCCUCAUCAUUGCCAAGGAAGUUGGUCACAGGGCAGGGCAAGGGAAAGGCUAUGGCAAUCUCGGCAAUAUUUAUUUAGUUCUCGGCGAAUACCAACGAGCAAUAGAGUACACCAAUAAAUGCCUCAUCAUUUCCAAGGAAGAUGGUAACAGGGCAAGGGAAGGCAUAGCCUAUGCCAAUCUCGGCGUUACUUAUCACAACCUUCAAGAAUUCCCACGAGCAAUGGAGUGCCAUAAGAAACACCUGCGCAUUGCCGAGGAAGUCGGUGACAGAAAAGAAAAAGGACAUGCCUAUUUAAACAUUGGCGACGUUCAUCAAUCCCUCGGCGACGUGCUACGAGCAAUGGAGUACUACAAGCAAUCCCUGAGCAAUGCCGAGGAAAUCAGUGACAGGGAUGGACAAGGACAUGCCUAUUGCCGCCUCGGAAGUUGUUAUAGAGAACUCCACGACUUGAAGGAAGCAAUAGAGUGUUACAAGCAACACCUGAGGAUUUCCGAGGAAAUCGGUGACAGGAUGGCAGAAGCAUGUGCCCAUAGCAGUCUGGGUCGAUCUUUUUUGUAUUCAGAUUCUUUGAAUGAGGCUUUAGAACAUUUUAGAUGCAGUGUAAAACUCUAUGACACUAUUAGAGCCAGUUCUAUCUCGGAAGAUCAAUUGAAAAUAAGUUUCCGUACGAAACAUCAAUUUGCCUACACUCAUUUAUGGCAGGUUUUAGUAAUGCUUGAAAGGAAUGAUGAGGCUUUAUACGCUGCUGAGAGGGGACGAGCACAGGCUUUGCUCGAUGCCUUAAAAGUAACUUAUGGCCUUACAUCACUUUCUCCCAGGUCAAUUGAAUCUGAAGAAGAAGUCAGAAAUAUUUCAAGGAAGACAACUGUUUUAACAGUUUUUCUUGCGCUUCAUUUGAAAACAAUCAAUAUCUGGGUGUUGGGAAAAGAGGGCAACCCUAUUUUUAGGCAAGCGGAGAUAGAAAUUGGUCGUAAACACGAAGAUUCCUUUACUCUCCUUUUAGACACUGUUUUGAAAAACAUUGACUCAACUCACUUAAGUACUCGAGACGACAAUCAAACAUCGGAGCCAUCACAGGAGAGCACCGACUUUUUACAGCCAUUAUAUGAUGCAGUUCUUGGUCCCAUUGAAGACUUGCUUGAUGGUGAUGAACUAAUUGUAGUUCCUGAUGGCGCUUUGUCUAAAGCUCCUUGGGCAGCCCUGAGUGAAACUUUAAGGAUCCGGACUGCUCCCUCACUGACAAGUUUGAAAGUCAUCACAGAUUCUCCAAUUGAAUACCACAGUAAAAGUGGAGCCCUGCUUGUUGGAGAUCCAUGCUUGAAGAAAAUUACAGAUAAACGGGGGAACCCCAUUUAUGGUCCUCUGAAGUACGCAAAAAUGGAAGUGGAGAUGAUUGGAGAAAUUCUAAAGAGUCAACCUUUAACAGGUGAAGACGCAACCAAAGAAGCCGUGCUUCAGAGAAUCAAGUCAGUGUCUUUAGUUCACAUUGCAGCCAACGGAAGGCCCGAAACCGGAGAAAUUGUUUUGGCUCCAGACCCCCGAUGGGAAUCCGACACUCCUAGGGAGGAGGACUGUAUUUUGAAGAUGUCUGAUAUACAAGCUGUUAAGCUGAGAGCGAGACUGGUUGUGCUUAGUUGCCCCUACAGUGGUCAAGGAGAGGUAUCGUCUGAGGGUGUGGUCGGUAUGGCACGUGCUUUCUUGUUUGCUGGUGCUCGUUCCGUGCUGGCGGCACUCUGGGCAAUUGAUGACGAAGCCACAAUGGUGUUUAUGAAGUCUUUCUACCAACAACUUGGAAGUGGAGAAAGUGCAAGUGUUGCUCUUCAGAGGGCCAUGAAAUGUCUUCGAGACUCCCAAGAUUAUUCUGCCCCGAAGUACUGGGCUCCUUUUGUUCUGAUGGGCGAUGACGUUAAGAUUGAAUUGGAAAAAGAGUCAUUGAGGAAGUCGUAA